CGCCCGGGACUGAGCGCUAGAAUGUUGGCGAGAGCGCGGGCGGAGAGACGCACAGGUGGUAGCAGGUCCUGGUUCCAGUCUCUUGCAUUUGCUUUCUGCUCACCCUGAACUGUGGUUUAAGACGGAGUCAUCCCAGGAGGAGAGAUUCUAUUCCGGGUGAGCCCAGACCGCCCCGGAUAUGCGAUAGCUGAGGUUGCGUUUCAAACCAAAAUACUGGAUUCUCCUACUGGAUUCUCUACUUUUGUUAAGAGCUUGGAGUGCUUAACAGUGAAAAUGGCAUAAUCUGGUUAACAUUUCACGACUUGAAGGCAUGACAAUUAAAGAACACACAUGGACUUGUGGCUCAUGGAAAUGUGUGCACAGAAAAAGGAAAUCUGUAAUUAUUUAAAAGUAGGAAGGCAUGACAAUUAAAGAACACACACGGACUUGUGGCACAUGGAAAUGUGUGCACAGAAAAAGGAAAUCUGUAAUUAUUUAAAAGUAGGAAGGCAUUCUUCCUCUCCAAAAUGGGUACAUUCUGCUCAGUGAUCAAGUUUGAAAAUCUCCAAGAAUUAAAGAGACUAUGUCACUGGGGUCCCAUCAUAGCCCUUGGUGUUAUAGCAAUAUGUUCUACAAUGGCCAUGAUUGACUCUGUGUUGUGGUACUGGCCCUUACAUACAACUGGAGGAAGUGUGAAUUUCAUUAUGUUGAUAAAUUGGACUGUCAUGAUUCUUUAUAAUUACUUCAAUGCAAUGUUUGUUGGUCCUGGAUUUGUCCCUCUGGGAUGGAAACCGGAAAAUUCUCAGGAUACCGUGUAUCUCCAGUAUUGUAAAGUCUGCCAAGCAUACAAGGCACCACGUUCUCAUCACUGUAGAAAAUGUAACAGAUGUGUGAUGAAGAUGGACCAUCACUGUCCUUGGAUCAACAACUGUUGUGGUUUCCAAAAUCAUGCUUCGUUCACACUGUUUCUUCUUUUAGCACCGCUGGGUUGUAUCCAUGCUGCUUUCAUUUUUGUUAUGACUAUGUACACACAGCUUUAUAAUCGGCUCUCCUUUGGAUGGAGCACAGUGAAGAUUGACAUGAGUGCAGCCCGGAGAGACCCUGUUCCAAUCAUUCCAUUUGGAUUAGCUGCAUUUGCUGCCACCUUGUUUGCCUUGGGAUUAGCUUUAGGAACAACCAUAGCUGUUGGGAUGUUGUUUUUUAUCCAGAUGAAAAUAAUUCUCGGAAAUAAAACAUCUAUUGAAUCAUGGAUUGAAGAGAAGGCUAAAGAUCGAAUUCAGUAUCACCAACUAGAUAAAGCCUUUGUUUUUCCCUAUGAUAUGGGAAGUCGAUGGAAGAACUUCAAACAGGUAUUUACGUGGUCAGGGGUUCCUGAAGGAGACGGACUGGAAUGGCCCAUAAAAGAAGGCUGUCACCCGUACAGCUUAACAAUAGAACAGUUGAAACAAAAAGCAGAUAAAAGAGACAGAAGUGUUCGCUAUAAAGUAAUAGAAGAUUAUAAUGGUGCCUGCUGUCCUUUGAAUAAAGGAAUCAAAACCUUCUUCACAAGCCCCUGCACCGAAGAGCCUCGAAUACAGCUACAGAAGGGGGAGUUCAUUUUAGCCACAAGAGGCUUACGAUACUGGUUGUAUGGAGACAAAAUUCUUGAUGAUUACUUCAGAGAAGGUGUUUCGAGAAUAAGAGGAUGGUUCCCUAGAAACUGUGUGGAAAAGUGCCCCUGUGAUGCUGAAGCAGAUCAAGCCCCAGCAGACGAGAAGAAAAACAGAUAGCUGCUAUGAAAAUCAAAUUAUUCUUUCAGUCUGCUCCAUUACUUGAAAAUCUUACAUAUUACUAAAGAAUUAUGCAAUGAGCCUACUCUGGUUAAGGUGUUCUUUUCCUCAAAAGUGCCCUAGUGCCAUGAUUUAAAUAUUUUUGUUACCAUUUUGAAAUGGAGAAGCCAUUCUGCAUAUGCCUUUGAAUUCCUGCCUAUCACCUCUUCUUCCCUCCACAAGGAAAAACAUUUCAUCCAAGUAAGUUAAUUGCAUUUUCCAUAGGAUUUUUUAUGAACUGCACUCUGGACCUCACCUGCAGAUAGACUUCUCCCUUUGCCAGGAGCAUCUGCAUGUGAUACUUUUGUCUUUCCUUCACUUGAUAUUUCUUAAAUGAUAUUCGAGAUACUAUAGAACUCAAUUUGUCAGAUUCAGUAUAAGCUCAAAUUUUGUUACCUGUCUUUUAAUAAUGCAGAUUUUGUCAACUCAAAGUCAUGGAUGUUCUUUAUAA